AUGGCCGGCCUACUUCUCAGUCCUUCAGAAAAAGUGUACAUUUUACACGGAAUCGAAGAUGACUUUCGAUCAGAUGGUAGAUCCAAUAUUGACUAUCGGCCUAUGGAACUCGAGACAGAUGUAGUAAGCCACGCGAGUGGAUCAGCAAGGCUUAGACUGGCUAACACGGACAUUCUAGUUGGCGUUAAAACUGAAAUAGAUGUACCCAAACCUGACAAACCAAAUCAAGGAAAAAUCGAUUUCUUUGUGGAUUGUUCUGCAAAUGCAACACCAGAAUUUGAAGGGCGAGGAGGAGAACAGCUUGCAAACAACAUAUCAAAUUUGAUGCAACGUGCAUACCAUUCUGAACAAGCAUUUGAUCUUAAACAGUUAUCUAUAUUUGAAGGAAAGCAAUGUUGGAAACUUUAUGUAGACAUAUUAAUAUUAGAAUGUGGUGGGAAUCUGUGUGAUGCAGUAUCUUUAGCAGUGAAGGCAGCAUUGUUUAACACAAGGAUACCUUUUGUUAAAGCUGCUCUUUUGGAUGGUGGGAAUGUAGACUUGCAGCUAUCAGAUGAUCCUUAUGAUAGCAAGUUAUUGGAAGUUGGGACUGCCCCACUACUAGUUACAUUAUGUAAAAUUGGGGAAAAAUGUGUAGUAGAUCCAUCAGCUGAAGAGGAGAGUUGCAGUGUUAUUUCCCUGGUUGUUGGUGUAACCGGCAACCCAAAAUGCUACUGCAGUAACGAAGAUGCAAGUAAAUUACAUGAACAUAUUUCUAAAUGCAGUACUAUAGCAAUGAAUGGACCUGGCAGUGUGGCUCCCCAGACACUGACUAAUGCUAUUAAACAAGGAAUAAAUGCUGCCAAGUAUUUAGACGAAGCUCUAGGGAAAGCAUUAUUAAGAGAAAGACAAGACAUUACAAACUUUGUAAAACAUUCAUAUGGAUUUUUUAAAUAA